AUGGCAUGGACGGGAGGAACAAACAGACCUCAAGCAUCUCAGACUACUGCGUCGCCGACACCAAUUCCGGCGAUGAAUCCGAUGACUCCAUUCGAUCCGAAUGACGUAGCAAGUCCUUUCUUCUUGCACCCUAACGAGAAUCCGUCACUGGUUCUCAUCUCCGCACUCUUGGAUGGGCGGAAUUAUCAUCCCUGGGCCAGGGGAAUGGAGAUGGCCCUGCUCUCAAAGAAUAAGCUAGGGUUUGUGGACGGAACCAUAGCUAUGCCAGAGAUCAACGAUGUCAAGUUUCCUUACUGGAAAAGGUGCAAUAACAUGGUCUGCACUUGGAUAAUGCGAUCGCUCUCACCCGAGAUUGCUCAGACUGUCCUCUGGGCGGGAACCGCAGAAAGAGUGUGGAAUACGUUGAAAUCGCGGUUUGGUGAGGCAGACAUAUUUCAAGUCUCGGAUUUGCAUGCUGAGAUUCACCAAAUUCGACAAGGGGAUCCCAACAUAGGAACGUAUUUUGCUAAGUUGAAAGUCUUGUGGGAUGAACUGCAGGCUUAUCUUGACAGUGAUAACCUGUCUGUCUUCUUGAGAGGACUCAAUGACAAUUAUGUAUCAGUCCAGUCACAAAUUAUGAUGAUGAAGCCCUUGCCUUCUGUUGAUGAAGCCUUUCUAAUAGUCCAAUAG